AUGGGAGAUCGAUUCAUUCAAUUUGGGGACGACUGGCGAUUGGCCGACAUUGAUGGCAGACACUUGGUCCUGCAGCACAGUAACGGCGAGGUUCCGAUCGUGUGGCGGAGCGAUGGGAGAACCUUCUGGCGGCCCUGGGCUCGGAAUCACAACCGGGUGGCCUGGGACAGACAGGUGGGCCCGAGCAAGGGAAUCUCGUUCGGCUUCCAGUUCAUCCAGAUCGGCAAGUUCCGUAUUGGUGCCAAUGAUGAUGAUCACUUCAGCGUGGGUCACAGCAGCCGGACUUGCGCCCAAACUUGGCGGGGCCACGACAUCUCAGUGCACCAUGGGAAUCGUGGCAGUGCGUGGGACAACUUCGACCGCAGUGAAGGGUUUCAGGCAGGCGUCACCUUCGGAGACAGGUUCGUACAGGUGGGCAAAAUGCGAUUCGGUGCAAGUGACCCGAGGCACUUCACUUUCUACUUCACGCCCACUGGCAAGAGCCUGGAGAUUUUCCGAAGCGACGACGGGACUCGGCAUCCAGGCCACGACCACUGGCACAAUCGUAAUGGGAUGGUCCGCAGAGGGCCGUCCGACUGGACCUGUCCCGACAUCGCCGAGACGGCCGUGGGAAAAUGCAAUCCAGAGUUCGGACAUUGGGGGGAUCGCUUUAUUCAACUCGGGAAGUGGCGCCUGGCAGCCAUAGAUGCCAACCACUUCAGCAUCUCUCACAAGGACGGGGUCACGGCCCAAGUCUACAGUAAGGAUGGCCCUCCCCUUUCGGGCCCCCUUCACGACUAUGGCUCCUGGGACCGACCUAUUGGGUUUCCUCACGGCAUCACUUUCGGGGCAAACUUCAUCCAGAUCGGUAACUUCCGCAUCGCAGCUAUGGACAAAGAGCACAUGAGCAUCACCCACGUAUCAUGGUACACAGCUGUGGUCUUCAGGGGGUAUGAUGGCUCCCUGCAUCGUGGGCCACGGCAUAACUGGUGGAAUGCAUGGAGAUUGCAAGCCGGACCAGCAGAUGACGGGCACGUGUACGUGACCCACCGGGGCCACAACACAAGCCCUCAGAUUUUCAGCUCUGACCCUGGGACACAGCAUCGCGGCGCCGAUCCGGUCAACGAUCGGUAUGCGCAAUGGCAUUGUGGUGGCAUCCAGGAUGUUCUGGGGACUUGCCCCGGAAUGACAGCAGGUGACGGCUUCCUGCAAAUUGGCGACUGGCGGCUCGCGGCACUACAUUCGGAAUACUUCACAUUCUCGCACCGCAGCAUCCACACUCCCCUGAUCUGCCUUUCAGACGGUACUACCCGCUCUCACCGAAGGGACCAUCACAGCUGGUACCGUGAGCCCCAAAUAACGAGCAGCAUAAAGUUCGGGGAUCGCUUUAUCGAGUUCGGCCACUGGUGGCGCUUGGGUGAAUGGGAUGAUGGGAGACAUCUCGUCCUCUCCCACCGCAACAACAAAGCUCCGAUCUUUUGGCGUAGCUUGAUUGGCACGGCGCUAGUUCCGAUGGAGCACAUGACGCAGACAUGCGAUGACGGUACCGUGCACCACGGAGUCCAUCAUGGCUGGAGUCUGUUUAGACGAGCGGUUGGAGCACCAUCGGGCAUCGCCUUCGGAAAUGGCUUCGUGCAGAUUGGCAAGUGGCGAAUUGGAGACGUGAACGGACAAUACUUCUCCUUCACUGUGAACGGCAAAACCGCAGAGAUUAUGGAUAGUGGGGGAGGGCGACACAGAGGCCCCCGCACAGAUUGGACCACUUUCGGUCGUCCGAUUAUGGACUGCCGUAUCGUGCCAGAUACCGACAAUUCCAAAAUCACGGCACCCAAGCCACCUUUGGCCGAGGGUCUGGAGUGCGACUACUUCUACAACCAAGCUCAGUGCGGUGUCCCGGACCUCGGAGCUUUGACCCCGGCUCAUACAGAGGUUCUGCCGAACAUCUACAUGCACCACGGCAGCUUCCCUCACGUCAGGCAAACCGAGAACUUCUGCAUCAGGUGCAGCGGUUUUCUCACGGCCCGGACGCAGGGCAGUUACAAGUUCUACACCGCCUCGGACGACGGCUCUUUCUUGUACUUGAACGGCGAGAGGAUCGUCGACAACAAUGGCUGCCAUGCUGAACAGGAGAGGGCUAGUCACAGCAUAACACUGGCGGAGGGCUAUCACGACCUGGUGGUGGAGAUGUGCGAGGUGGGUGGUGGCGAGAAUCUGAAGAUGCGGUAUGAGGGACCCGAUACUGGUCACUCCAAGGUCGCAGUGCCCGCGUCGGUUCUCAUGCAUGCAAAGUGA